AUGCUUGAGAGAUUGCUAUAUUAAAUUUUUAAAACGAAGAACAUUCAAUUGAUCUCUUAUUCAAAUAUAAAUAGUAUGGAUUUUUUGAAAAUGAAUAAUAAAUCACUUAAAAAACAGAAGUCUUUGAAUUAACUAAAGAAAAUGGAAAUUUAUUAUAUAACAUAUUGGAUAAAAUUAAAAAAACCUCAUCUUGUGGAAGGAUUUUCAUUAUUAUUUUUGACUAAACAUUGA